AUGGAGGCCGGCCUCUCUCUCAGUCGAGUAUAUACCGGCAUAUCCCAUGAGGGGGCAGUUGGGUUUCUUGGCCCGUCCGGAUCGCAUCUUGUGAUGCCCUGCUGCCAGUUGGGUUUCUUAGCCCGUCUGGAUUGCAUCGUGGGAUGCCCUGCCGCUCCUCCACCCACACCUUACCAGAAACGGUUUUCAUCACGGUGGCUGUGACAUUACAAAAUAUGUUUUCCUAGUCCUGCCCUUUCUUUUUCCGCCAAGUGCCAAAGAUGGGGUUGAUGCAUCUAGUCUUGUUUGGUGUGUUCCUGUUGGUCGAGUGUAAAGCUCGAUCCCUGUCGGGUUUGGAAUAUAUGCUCGGGAAGCAAAGGAGCCUCAACGAAGUCUCCCCUUCUGGCCCGAUCCAGACCGAUCAUUUCCUCAGACGUGUCUCUCAGGCCCUGCAUCAGUGUGGAUUCUCCAACCCGAGUCCCUUACAAAAGGUUCUGCUCACAAACCGGACUGUUACCUGCAAUGACGGGAGCCCAGCCGGGUUCUACAUUAGGAAGUCAGCCGGGAGCAAGCGUUGGAUCCUGUUCUUGGAAGGCGGCUGGUAUUGUCACGACGACCUGAGCUGUCAACAGCGUUGGAUGGAGAACACUCACCUAAUGACUUCCUUCCUCUGGAAGGAUACCCGGACAGAAGGAGGGAUCCUGUCUCCAUACCCGGAAGAGAAUCCAUACUGGUGGAACGCAAACCAUGUAUACUUGCCGUAUUGUUCGAGUGACUGUUGGAGCGGGAGGGCGUACCCAUACCCGGGACAGAGGUUCGCAUUCCUAGGGUCCCUGAUCGUGGAGGAGGUGAUAAGAACCCUGGUCAAGAAUCACGGACUCGCCUCCUCUGCCUUACUUCUUCUCGCCGGCUCCAGUGCAGGCGGGACAGGGGUGUUGGUGAACCUGGACAGAGUCUCCGAGAUUCUCCGCACUCUGGCACCAGGGGUAGAAGUCCGAGGUCUCGCGGAUUCCGGCUGGUUCCUCGAUCGGAAACCCUAUCGACCUGAUGCUAAGGCCAGGUCGCCCGUCGAUGCAAUAAAGGUGGGUGCCUACAGGUGGAAGGGCCGUGUGCCUGAUCGAUGCCUCAAUCAGUACCCUUCGGAACCCUGGAGUUGCUACUUUGGGUACAAAAUAUAUCCCACGCUUAGAACACCGUUGUUCGUGUUCCAAUGGUUGUAUGAUGAAGCGCAGAUAGAAGCGGAUAACGUGGGCCCCCCUGUUUCUAAGGAUCAAUGGGACCACAUCCAUCAGAGUGGGGAUAUGCUUCGAAACACAUUCAACAACGUCAGUGCGGUGUUUGCACCGGCUUGCAUAGGUCACACGGUGCUUACGAAACAAGAUUGGGGUCAGGUGAAGGUGAACGGGGUGACCUUGCCCGAGGCAUUGAGAUGCUGGGAACUCUCUCCCCAUGAAAGGAACCACUACCAUCGGUACCCUGAUAGCCCCCCUCUCUCUUCCUACUCACUUCAUCUUGAGUCAGCAUUGAUGCCUGGAAGAGGGGAGGAGUCAACCAUGCAGGCAGACGCUCCCGUAGAGACAACAAUCGCAUCGACGUCAAUUUCGACGACGAUCUCGCCAUCGACUUCCAGCGAGAGAGUGAACCCGCUGUUGAUCACCAACACCCUGCACCGGGAUCUCAAUUCCUCUCGGACGAAGGGUCUUUCGCGGAUUCUGGAGACUAACUCUACACGACGGAAGAGGAAGAGGAGAAAGAGACACAGAAAGGGGCGUAGAAGGAAGAGGAAAGGUAGGAGACGCGGUGAUGAAGAGGAAGAGGAAGAAUGGAAAAGAAGAAUGAGGAGGAGGAGAAGGAGGAGGAGAGAAAGGCGGAAGAUGAGGCAGAGGCUGAAUAAGAACACUCUUCUCUGGUCAGACGUGAGUGACCACGAGAGAUCAGAGAGGUCCCUCUUGGACCCACACGUGGAGCACCGAUGGCGGCAUCAUAAGGACAGGUGCAAUCACCGACUCAUUGACUCCUGCUCCUGGCCCAUGUGCAACUCCCAGUGCCCUCCCAUUCGGGACCCACGCACAGGAAAGGAGAUGGACUUCAUAGACCUGCUCAAGUCCUUUGGCCUGGACAUGGGGAGUCUGGCCGAUGCCCUGGGGAUCGACCUUCACACGCUCAACAACAUGGACCACAACGUCCUCCUCAGGAUGCUCACUCGACAGAACUGAAAGCGCUGCCUCGAUCCAGGGUUCCCUCAUUCGUGGCACUGCGAUCCGAUAAUUGGAGGAUCUGUGUUCGACUAAAGAUAAAUGUAGCAGCAGAGAGUCAUUCGAUGUGACAAAUAGAAGACGGUGGUCAGACAUCGUUGACAUGCUCGUGCAAAUAGGUACACUGCCCUGCAACAUGGGUUGCAACACUGCUUUCAGAGGCAGCUAAACCUCAUCGUAAUAUCAUUGUGCCAAGGUUCUCAGUGUGAUAGGAAGUGUCGAGCUACAGCAUCGCGUUUGUUUGGUACGUAGCAGAAAACAAUUUCCUGGACCCCCUCGUCUCAAGUUCCUCACCUGGGAAGCAUAGACUCCAAGUGUGAUAUAGCUCGUAGUUUCGUUAUUAUUAAAAUGGGAUUUUAUUAUCCUUAUCAUAUCAUGGUGCUGGAUUUGACUCUGAGCAGGCCAACAAAGAUACCUCAUUUUAAAUGAGGUUUUUUUCCCCCGUCAUUUUCAUUUUCCGUCAAUUAUGUUUGUCAGCGAUCCACAUUCGAUCUGUGAUGUUUUAUUUUGUCCACUUAUUAUUUUUUGUUAUUUUAGGGAUUAUUUUUUUUUUGUACAGAGAUUAUCAUUGCCUGUGCAGUAUUUGACGAGUGAUGCUGGCUCCCGAGGUCCUCUCUCUCUCUUGCUCGUGUAUCAGUAUUACUCAAGUAUUCCCUAGCGAGUCGCAGUAUUUUGGAGGAAACGGCCAGGUGAAAAUGAAACAGGGCAUGUGAUCUUUUACAAUAGAAGUAGAGCUAUUGCAGUCACUUCUGUCUAUGUAUCCAGGCUCGUAUAUUCCCCUCGUUGUUGAAUCUCCAAAUCAUACUGGCAUUCCUUAAAAAAAAAUAAUUGUUUGCACUCUUCUACCUCCAUCAGAUAUUGUAAACUGUGCAGUGUUUCCGGU